UUGCGUUGGUUCUCUUUGAUGUCAAAUGGUGACUACAACUGUUUGAAGUCCAUUAUUAACAAAGAAUUAACUCGAUCCUAAGCUGUAUUGGCCAUUCUCAGCCUACGCGGAGAGGAUUCCUGCAGCGUAAGAACCGCCAGCUCAAUUAGAAAAAAAAUCUAACCCAUUUGUACCAAACAAACGUACUUUAUUUAAUAGAACAGUUAUCAGGAUCAAAGCUGAAGUGUAUGCAUUUUGUACUGACGUCACCAAAACUAAGUUUCUGCCGAACAAAGUUUAAACAAUAGCAAGGAAAAUGAAGUUUAGUCACACUGAGUGAAGAACUACAUCAAAGAGAUUAAAAGUUGUUCAAAUUCUGUUUUGGUUUACUUGGGUCGAUUUUCUUUCCUUUUUGCAACCAAUUACAGUUCUACAAAUACGUAGCGUUUGGAAGAAACCCUAUGGCAAAAAGUGGGAGGCGAAUGUUCUUCUUUAAAAAAUUGGGAGCGGGCGUGUUUUUUGCCGGAGAAACUAGUACUGAUUGGCGAUUGCAAACUGCGACUUGAAUGCAACUGAAAUAAAAGAUCGCGACGUCAGUAAAUAGAUUUGGAAAAGACACGCUCUGUGACAAAAGCGGAGAUUGAGUAAAAGCUGCGGCGGACCCUAAAGAAAUAGGAGGGGCUUAGUUAAUACCAGAAAUGUCAAUCAGGCCAUCAACUCCGAAUAAUCUCUACGAAUCUGUUAGGACCUGACCCGGGCACCUUCAGAUCAAUAGCAAGUUGAGAGUGAGCGAUCGGAUCUGUUACAGUGCGUCUGCAUGUGGAAACGUAUACUUUCAGCUGAGUCUGUAGCAUUAAAGGUGGAUUCUGCGGCUCUUUCUGCACAGAGGUUUCUCUCGCAGUAGUCACUGACCAUGUCUUUCCCACAACUGGGAUAUCAGUACAUAGCUGCGACUAGGCCACUAUACCCAGAUCGCCAGGGUAUAUCGUCUUCCAGGACUGGGAGCGAUCUGACGGCGUCCGGUGCUGCUUCUACUGUACUAACCAUGUAUGGAUCCCCUUAUGCCGCUCAAGGAUACGGCGCCUUUUUGCCUUAUGCAGCCGAUCUCCCCAUGUUUCCUCAGCUGGGCGCCCAGUACGAACUGAAGGACAGUCCGAGCGUACAACACCCUGCUUUCCCACACCACCACGCCGCUUACUACCCUUACGGCCAGUACCAGUUCGGGGAUCCGUCCAGGCCGAAAAACGCCACAAGGGAAAGCACCAGCACCUUGAAAGCUUGGCUGAACGAGCACAGAAAGAACCCAUACCCGACCAAAGGGGAGAAAAUUAUGUUGGCCAUAAUCACCAAAAUGACCCUGACCCAAGUGUCUACCUGGUUCGCUAAUGCUCGCAGGAGGCUUAAGAAGGAGAACAAGAUGACUUGGACUCCCAGAAACCGAACGGACGAAGAGGGUAAUUCGUAUGGAAGCGACCCGGACCUGGAAGGGGAGAAAAAGGAGGACGACGAGGAGAUCGAUUUAGAGAAUAUCGAUACCGAGAAUAUCGAGAAUAAAGAGGACGAAGACGAGCACGACCCGGACUUAAGCCUGGACUGCAAACUGGACGGGAGAAGUGACUCUGAGAUCUCAGACACUUUUGAUGACUUGAAUGGUUCGGAGGACGGUUUUCUGAAAUCGGUGGUAAAAGAUUCCAGAGUGACUGAGGAGAAGCGAGGCGAUCUUUCGCCUGAGAUUUCAGGACAGUCCAGUGGCGACCAGACCAAAAACAACUCCGAGGGGAAAAGCCCCGUCUCCUCUCCAGCCGAGAACAGCCUGUCGCUGAACCAAAAGCCUAAGAUCUGGUCUUUGGCUGAAACCGCCACCACUCCGGACAAUCCCCGCAAGUCCCCACAGAUAGGCAGCUCACCAGCGGGGCCUCCAGCCUCGUCUCUCCUCGGCCAGCACAGACUAUUCGCCUGCCCCAUGGGCAAAUUUCAGAACUGGACAAACCGAACCUUUUCUCAUCACCCCCUGGCUUUAAUCAAUUCAAACCACUUCCUCGGACUCAGUGCUAGUCAAGCAGCCCCGGCUGCUGGUGUCCCUGCAUUCUGUACUGUAAGAGGAGAAGAGCGGGCUCAGACAGCAGAACCCACAGUAACAGAUCGAAGCAGUGCCUUGGAAAUAGAGAAAAAAAUAGUAAAGACAGCUUUUCAGCCGGUUCAGAGACGACCCCAGAAACAACUCGAUGCAGCCAUGGUUUUGUCGGCGCUCUCCUCCGCAUAGUCCCUUUUGGCUUUUUUAAACUUUUAUUUUGUAACCAUUUUCUUGUUAAAUGGAAUGUAAAAAAUGUUUACCCCUGUAUAGUUUAACCUGUAAGCAUGUAUGUGUAUUAAAAUAAAAUUGGUAAUGUUAUACUGGCCGAGAAGGCGUGUAUCAAUUAGUUCAGUUUGUGACAUGUGGAACCCAGAUUUUUUUUUGUAAGUCGAGUGAAAAUUAGGUAUCACCUGGUGUUCAAGAUGUUUUGUAUAUACCGCAAACAAAAGUGUACAUACGUGUGAACGAAAUUGUACAAGAAAGUAUAUAUUUUUGGCUAAUAA